AUGAAUUGCUUAGAGAUCAAUACUUAAAAGGAUUGGUUGGAAUACGUAGUUAAUAAUUAAAGACCUGUGGUGGUUAGCUUUUUUGCUGAAUGGUAGAUUGUAUAAUAAAUAAAAUAUAGGUGUGCUCCCUGCCAAAAACUUAAUCCCCAAUUAAUUUAGGAGGUGGAGAAGAAUCCUGAAAAAUGGUAGCUUGCUUUGGUUAAUGUGAAUAACGAUGAACUUUAUGACGUAGUGCAAUAAUUUGCGGUAUAAGUGUUAUUUGAUUAUUAUUAGAUGGCUCAAGUUCCCUCGGUUUGCUUAUUUAAUAUGGGAACUCAAACGGACUCAAUGAAAGGCUAUAGCGAGCGCAAGAUAAAGUCAUUUUUAGAAAAGAUUAGAGGCUGAAAUUUACUAUUUAUUUAAAUUGUGAUAUAUAUAAAUUAUUAUCAAAAGGAAC